AUGACCCUUCAAGCCCUAAAAGACUGCAUCUAUUGUCUAUCAGAUUUUAUUACUUUUAAUACGAAUAACGGUCAAGCCACCUUCACUAUUGAAGGAAAAAAUAUGUAUUUAAAUACAAAGCUAGAAGACCUUACCGUGGCAAUAGGAAAGCCAUAUACAUAUAAACAUAGACUCCAGUGUCAUCAUUUUAUGAUCUUUAAUGACGUAAAACUAAUAUCUCAAGAAGACCCUCAAUAUAGGUCAGCAUACCCAUACCAAAAAUUCUGUUCCAAAACAAAAAGACAGAUAUGUGAAAUCUGCCAAAAUUUUCAUGCAAAAUUUGUCUGUGUCAACGACAUUAUGCUUGACAAAAGCAUUUGCUAUAUGUGUGAAACCUGCUUUAGAGACCUCCACUACUCAGAAAACGGUGAAAGGCUAUAUCAAGAUUUUGAAGUCUAUCCUUACAUUCACGACUAA